AUGCCCAAGAGCAAGAUGGUGGAUGUUUCUGCUGCGGCGCCUUGUCAGCGAGGCAGCAUGCUGCUGUUGCUGCACAUCGCCACUCUGAUGAUCCUGUGCACCCCCGCCCAUGCGCUGAGCACGCCUGCACCGACCUCACUCAUCCUGGGGGAGCCCCUCUCAACGUCACAAGCCUUCGCCCUCCUGAAUGGAAGCUGCGCCUUGUUUGUGCCAGCUGCCAGCGGCUACUAUUUUGAGGCCGUCGACGAUGAGCAGGCAGGCGGGAUCCAAUUCAGCGUUUGCGAACAGGAUGCGUCAUGCAAGUGCAACUCCCUCCGACCCUGCUCUGGUCAAGGUUGCUUGCAGGCAAGACCGUGCAUGUCAGAGAGUGGCUUUCCGCACCAGCAGUGUCUCUCGUUGUCUUCAUGCACACCGUACCCUGGUGACCUUCAAACCACCAUUACGCUGCGCAUGGAGUGUGACGGCGCCGAUUUGACGGACCGGAGCGCACACGAGCUUGACCUGCUUGGUGGCCAAUGGAAGGGCGCGCUGCUCUCACACUGUGGCAUUGAUGAGGACCUGUGUCGGUUUGGUGGCUCUUUGCCCGGCUCGCUCACCGCCGUGGAUGCAACGUCGUCUCCGACACCGCCACCACCACCACCACCACCACUACCACAACAACAACAACAACAACAACAACAACAACAACAACAACAACAACAACAACAACAACAACAACAACAACAACAACAACAACAACAACAACAACAACAACAACAACAACAACAACAACAACAACAACAACAACAACCGCGCCCUGUCCUGGGGAUCCAGGGGAGCGAGCUGCCGGUUGCUCCCCAUCAGGCCAUCAAGGCCGUUCUGUGCGCACGCGACACAGACUUCUUCGUAUACUUCAUCUGCGCUGGCUGCACCGUAUCCGUGACGGUCCAGUUUGCCGCAGACCCGCUCGAUGUGCACAUCACCCAGUACGGCGCUUAUGGCAGCACCGAAGCCACGGAAGUGAGCCCCACUCGGUUUGCCUUCGCCUACACGAACGGCUCUGUAUCGCAACACUUGUACCUGCGCAUCCACCAUCGCGCCGACAACACAGUCAACUACAACCUCGUCGUUCAGCUCUCGGGCUUGAACCCAAGCACCACCACAACAACAACAACCACAACCACCACAACUACGACCACAACCACCACCACAACCACAACAACGCCGUUGACAGUUGACCCAUAUGAGCCCAAUGACGUGUGGACAGACGCGGCUGUGCUGCCCCAGACCCUCAACUAUGAAUUCAGCGCCAUUGCGGAUGCCUUUGACGACGACUUCUUCCGCUACAGCCUGUGCCUUGGGUGCACGACUGUCGUUGAUGUGGAGUUUGUUGAGGAUCCCGGGACGGUGGAGGUUGCGCUCUAUAACUCGUUUGGCGGCACCAUCGCCACCCAGCUGAGCCCCACCCUGUACUCCGUCGUCUAUACGGCGCCCUCUGAAGGGUUUGAGAAUGGCCUGAGCAUGUUCCUCCGCGUGUUCCACGACAACGAGGGAAGCGUCAUCUACCACGUCUCCUUGACCAACCCAACGACCACCACAACAACCACAACGACGGCGACCACCACAACAACAACUACCACCACUACAACCACCACCACUACCACCACUACAACCACUACCACGACCUCGACAUUUGCACCAGGGUUCUGUGAGGGCUCAACGGAAUUCGCAAUCAACUGCGAUUACAACCCCAUCUCCCGCCAUUGCGAGGCAGGCUACGUUUACGGCGCGCCGUGCGAGUCGUCUCUCAGCCUGCGCAAGGUGACCCACUUCGUCACCUUUUCUCCCAAUGCGACAGAGAUUCGCUUCGGGUACUUGCAGGAGGUUGGAGGCGGCGUUGGCGUGUCCCACGGCGCACACGUGUCCAUGGUUGCUGAUGCGCUGCGCGUUAUCGGAGGCGACCUUCACUUCUACGAGACUGCUGUGGACAGCAUCAACUUGGAUGGCAUUGAACGCAUCAACGGAAGCAUCAUCUUCACACGCAGCCAGAUUGGCAGCUUGCAUUUUGGCGACACACUGCAGCACGUUGGCGGCAUCAUCUACUUUGACGGCAGCGAACUCAACACCGUGCACUUGGGCAGUGCUUUGCAACACAUUGGCGACAAACAACUCACCAUCCGCAGCUCCCGCAUCACCAGCAUCGACCUCGGCACUCAAACGCGGUUCCCCGGCUCCGUUUACGUGAGGUACAACAGCGAAGUGGAGACCCUCGAUUUUGGGCAGGUGCAGGAGCUUGAUGGCUCCUUCGAGUUGUCUAAUUCAGCCCUUGGCACGCUGGACUUUGCCACUUUGAACCAUAUCGCGGGCGGCGUGCUCUUCUCUCACGGCGAGCUGCCCCUCCUUGACUUUGGGCAGGUCACGAAGAUUGACGGCUGGGUGGAGUUGCGUGAAGAUACCGUCAUCAACCAGGUUCACUUCAACGGCCUGCAGUGGCUUGGCGGUUCCUUCUCUGCCCCCAACGGCCACCUCACCAGCAUCACGACGGGCUCGCUGCGACACGUUGGCGGUGACUUUGACGCCUGCAACAACGCCCUCACCGGCGCCCUCCUGUUCACCGAGGUCCAGUUCAUUGGUGGCGACAUUUGCUUGGCCGACAACAACCUGAACGCGGUGGGCCUCAGCUCUCUCCGCAACAUCUCCCAAAACCUGCACCUGCAGCGCAAUCACCUCACCACUGUUGAUUUUGGUGUGGAGCGUGUUCUCGGCUCCGUCGACCUUUCCUCCAAUGACCUCUUCAGCCUUGAGCUGAACCUGCUGGAAAUUGCAGGCACACUCGACGUCAGCAACAACGCGUUCCUGCAGUUCCUGAGCUUUGGCGCUGCAUAUCACAUCCACAACAUCCGUAUCGUUGGCACCCGCCUACGCUCGCUUGAUUUCUUUCCGCUGCUCACCGUGACUGGCGAUGUUCGUGUGGAGAACAACCACGCCCUCACCUCCCUCGACUUCCACAGCCUGACGAAAGUUGAUGGUGGCGUGUACUUUAACGGCAAUCCAAUUCGCACCGUGGCUCUCAACAAACUGGAGCGAGUUGGUGUCAUCUCCAUUGUCACAUCAAACCUGACAUCAGUGCGGUUUGGCAACCUCGUCGAUGCCCCGGCUUCACCGUGGAGCAGCAACAUUGGUCAGUUCUUCUUCAACCUCGUCUCUGGCAGCCUGUUUGGAUCCUCCGAUUUCACGCGUUUCUUCAACCCGGACGUGGACGAGGUGGAGCUGCUUGACCUUGGCCUGAUCACCAGUGUUGGGUCUGAUGUGUUCUUCAGGGACACCGCCAUCCAAACACUGGAUUUCGGCAACGUCGUCAGCAUCACGGGUGGGCUGUGGCUCACCGACGCGACGAUUGGUACUGCAGAUUUCAGCGCUGUGCAGCGAAUUGGGGGCGACCUCGGUCUCACUGGCACCAGCGCCGCCACUGGUCUGACGUUUGGCAGCCUCGAGUACGUCAAGGCCGUGAUCCUGGACAACACGCUGCUGACAAGCUUCCGACUCGACGGCGUUAAGCGCAUCAACGACAGCGUGGUCGCGCGGGGAACACAGCUGCGGUCGCUGGAGCUGCUUAACAUUGAACGGAUUGGCGGUAUUGACAUCUCCUCUGACUACAUUGGCGACAACCCUCAGCUGACCGACGUGACCAUCGACGCAGGCACCGUGGAUGAAGACGUGCAUGUAUCUGGCAACAUUGAGCUUGGCUCACUGGGCGCGCAGCUGAACUUGAACGUGCUGGAGAUUGGUGGCAACGUGAUUAUCGAAGAUAACCCUGAACUUCGGCACAUUGCCUUUGAGAGUUGGACUGGCACGGCCAUUGGUGGCAGCUUGUAUGUGCGCGACUGCGACAAGCUGACUUCUGUUGGCAUGCAUCAAGUCAGGGCUAUUGGCGACAGCGUGCACAUUGAGGGAGAUGCUGCGCUGACGGAAGUCGACUUUGGCACAACCAUCGCUGCUGUUCCAGGCUACCUCAGCAUCUACACCUGCAACAGCCUCACGCGCGUUGACCUCGGCCAGAUCGAGACCAUUGGUGACGCCAUGCACCCGACGUUUGUGUUUGGCGCUGCCUUGGUUCUCACCGACAACCCAGUGAUGCGCAGUGUCGUCUUUGGCGAUCUGCACAGCGUUACUGGCGGGAUUGAAAUCGCCAACGCCGCCGUGACCUCCAUUGAUUUUGGGUCGUCCCUCUCCACCGUCUCGAAAGCCGUUCGCAUUCACGGCUGCAGCAGCCUGACCAGUGUCGAUCUUGGUGCCCUGCAGUCCAUUGGCGAGGACUUGUACCUGGCAGACAACCCAGCGCUGAGAGCCGUUACAGACUUUGCUGGCUUGAACACAGUCAACAACAUCAUCAUUUCGAACGCAGACAUUCGCGUCCUCUCCCUGGCCGGGGUCUCGUCUGUGAUGGGCGAUAUCAACCUGCGUGGAAACCUCAACUUGGACGCCAUCUCAUGCUAUGGUCACGGCUCCUGCGUCUACUUUGAUGAGGAUGAGGAAGACCCUGUGCAAGUUUCCAACUGCAACGUCUGUUAG